AUGGCAUCUUUAGAUCCCGCUUCUCGGUGGAAGCACCUUUACUCAGUCUUGACGAAGUCAGGCCCUUACAGCGAUGAAGACUGGGUUCCUGGUCCAGAGACGAUAGGUGCUUUGGAAUCGUCGAAGAUCCUAGUAAUUGGCGCGGGUGAUACGAUUGACAUCUCCAACUUGAACCGGCAGUUCCUGUUCCGGCAGGCUGACAUCGGCAAGCCCAAGGCAGAGGUCGCCGCAGCAUUCGUAGAAAAGCGAGUCAAGGGUGUCAAGAUCACGCCAUAUGUCGGCAAGAUUCAGGACAAGGACGAGGAUUACUAUAUGCAAUUCAAGAUCAUCGUCUGUGGUCUUGACAGUAUCGAGGCCAGACGGUGGAUCAACUCCGCUCUUAUCGGGAUGGUUGAUCCGGAGAAUCCUGAAAGUCUGAAGCCUCUCAUUGACGGCGGGACAGAAGGUUUCAAGGGCCAAGCCCGGGUGAUUCUUCCAACGCUGUCUUCAUGCAUUGAGUGUCAGCUAGAUAUGCACGCUCCUCGACCUGCUGUUCCCCUUUGCACCAUUGCAACUAUCCCAAGACAGCCUCAGCAUUGCAUCGAGUGGGCUCAUCAAAUCGCCUGGCAAGAGAAGCGCAAGGAUGACGCCUUUGACAGCGAUGAUAUGGAACAUAUCAGCUGGGUCUACAACGCCGCACUUGAGAGGGCAAAGCAGUUUCACAUCCACGGCGUAACCUUCCAAAUGACCCAAGGCGUGGUGAAGAAUAUCAUUCCCGCUAUUGCUUCGACAAACGCUGUCAUCGCAGCCUCGACCACGUCCGAAGCACUGAAAAUCGCUACCUCCUGCAACCCUUACCUGGAGAACUAUAUGAUGUACGCUGGUGAAGAGGGGGUCUACACAUACACCUUUGAGGCGGAAAAGAAACCAGAUUGCCCAGUUUGCGGUAGUUUAGCGCGAAAGAUUACUGUGGACCCGAAUAUGACGCUGGAGGAAUUCAUAGAGAGUCUCGGUGAGCGAGCCGAGGCCCAGCUCAAGAAGCCGAGUAUGAGAACGGAAGAGAAGACACUCUAUCAGCGCUUCCCGCCCCAGCUGGAGGAGCAGACCAGGAGCAAUCUGAAGCUUAAGCUGAAGGAACUGGUUGAAAACGGCCAGGAGAUUGCGGUCAGCGACCCCGCAUAUACUAUUGACUUCCGCUUCCAACUGAUCUUCAAGUGA